AUGGCAUGGGGGAAAACACCAUCCUUGUGCCUAGUUGUUCUAGUGUGCAAUGCCCUAUAACGUAGUUUUGAGGGUAGAAGCUGAAACAAGGAUAUGAAGGGUCUGUAGAUAUUUUCACAGCUCUCUGUGAAGAUUAAUUCUGCUAAGUGCGUUUUUCUUGAGAUGAAACACAAGAAUAGGAGGCUGUGUUAAAUAAAUCUUAUUUAAUGCAUGGAUGAGCUCAAAUAAGGCUAUUAAGUCGGAGUAAAAUGUUACUUACAAAGGUUAGCGAACUAUCUAUGCAUUACCGCAUCAAAGAAACCCAGUCAAUUAAAACACCAAACUUUUUUUUUUGACAUCCGUUGAGAGUUUAUGCUGAUGUAAAACCUGCUGUCUUUCACCUGCAGGCAGAAGGCGCGCAACCAGCAGUGACAGCAACUGCUAUGAAUUCCUCUGGACAGAACCAAAGUGAAAUCAACUCUGACAAAGCCACGACCAAGCCGAGAAAUGCGGAAACAGAGAUUCGCUGUGUCUAUCCCAAUGAGAGGCGGGAGAGGAAUCAGAUUUACACCCUUCUGAGCAUCAGCAAUAGUGUAAAUGAGCAAGAGGAAAGGCCCUUUGAGUAUGCGAAUGGAACGGGAUGGGAGGACGCAAUCCAAAGCUGGAGCAAAACAGCCCCGUUUGCUUACCUUCAAUUACAAAAGAGAGCCCGAAAGUCCAAGACCAGUGAAUCCGUCAAUCGAUGCCUCUACUGCUUAGAUUUGACGCAAGGCGUGGAACUGGAGCCCAAGCAUAUUGCCCAAGUCAAAUCUGAUUUCAAACUCAACCCAAGCGCUGCUACGGGCAGCCCUCCGGAAAAACAACAGACUUUGCUGUACUCUAAUUCAGUCAUGACGACAACUGCUGCUGCUGCUACUACAACUUCUGCAACAGAUGAGCCUAAGAGAGAAACAGAUUAUAGCAAUCUGCACUCUAUUCAAAUGUCCCAAGGAGAAAAGAAAAGAAUGGUCUUAAGAGAAGCCCAAGCGACUCUGAGUGAAAAAAAGUUAUUUCUCCUGAAAGAGCACCUGCUCUUCCCGGCGGAAAAGAAACCGGUGCCCAUAAAGGAAUAUAACAUCCUGUCACCAGGAAAACCCCAAAGUCUAGAAAUGGCCAAGGCCAAAGAGCUAAGGAGCCACGAGCCUCUUCUGUGGAAUCAGUCUGGCACUGAAAUCACUGCUAAGUCAUCCUUAGUCCUGCCACCCCUGAAGGAUCCAACGCUCAAACACAGCCUGGAUAACUCUCCAAAGAAAAGUAAGGCGGUUCAUUCCCAGGCCAGUGAGAAAACUUUCCAUGCUUUGGCAGAGACGGUUUCCUGCCCUCAGUUUUUAAAACCCAAGCAGCUCAAGGGCGAGCCGAGGAUAGACGCCGUGUACGAUGCGGUGAAGGAGCAGAUAAAAAUGCACCAGAUAGCCUCCGCCUUUGUGCCACAGCUUUCCAAGACUUCACUCCUCUCGAGGCGUUUGGAUCGGGGCUACUGGCCCUGUGGUUUUCUGCCGGCUAGGAAAAGCCUAACUUUGAGCAGUUCAGUUCAGCUGAGAAGACAUGGGCACCUCCACUGCAGCCAUUCCCUGCACACGAAAGGAAGCCACGCCAGCAAGGCCAAUGAAAUUAGGAGCAGGAGUUACAAUGGAAGCAAACAGGAAGGAAGCCAGGCCAGAUCUCUGGACAUCCCACUGCUUUCUGGACUGUUCCCUUCCUUAACGGUCAGCCGGAUUGGGUUAACAGCACUGCCUCCUAGGCUGACCUGACUUCUUAAUUUGUAAUUUGGGGGUUGAGAUGUUAAUAGAUUUGGUUGGCUCGCUCUGUACGAGAACUAAUAUGGAAGGUUCCCUAAUUAAACAGACUGGAUUGUAGUCAUUAUCAUCCAUGUUCAGAGGCAACCUCUCCUUACUUCUGUAGAAAAAAAAACAACUGCUGGUCAGCUACUCUAAAACAAGAAUUUCUGUGGCAUUUCAAAUGUUGGUUGUUAAAGUUAAAUGACUCUUAAGCCAGGAGUGUCCAACCUUGGCAAAUUUAAGAUCGUGGACUUCAACUUCCUGUACUUUUGGGGAGGUGAAAUCCAGAUUUUAAAGUUGGCAAGGUUGGACACCCCUGCCUUUCAAAAAAAAAAGUCUUGAAGUGCUUUGCUUUUAGGAGAAAGCUUACGGCGAUAUUUGUGCCAUGGUUAAGUGUACCCACCUAGCUCACUAAGGGUACUGAGGAUGGGGCUUUUGCCCUGCCAAUCUCUCAUGUGCAACUAUAAAAUGAUUCAGAUUGUACUGUAGUCAUUUGGCCAUAUAUGUGGGGAGGACUAUUGCAGGAGGAACAGGAUCAUAUGCUCGGUCUCUCCUAGGGGUCUUUGACUCAAAUCUUGUCUUGUUUUAAAGUUGCACACUUAAGACACAUUGGAGACAAAAUGCAGCCUGUAAAUUUAACCAAUGUGCUUUAUGAGCUCUGUUCAUCUUGGCAGGUCACAAUCCGGACAGCCCUUCAUGGAAGGUAUAACAAAUGCCCUCUCAGUCUCACUUAAGCCACUUUUGAGAUGCUGUUAAGAAUUUAGUUUUGAACUUGCCUUUUAAUUUAAAUGUUUAAACAAUUUAUAGAUAAGUCAAUAUGUGAAGCAAAGUUUUACUUGUUUUGAGGUUUUGGUCUUUGUUUUUUGGUUUGUAUGUUAUUUUGACUUCCGCAACUUGCUUAAGACUUUUCUUAUCCAUGUCAAAUUAGAUAUGUUACCUUGUUUUACCGUCUAGAUAGCUUCAAUAAAUUCUUUUUUUGAAUGGACACUGAUAGCAUGUACCUCGGUAUUUCAGUCCAAGCUAUUUUCCUGUCAAUAACUACCAUAAUUAUCUGACAUGUUACCUGAUAUAGUUUGGUAAGGUAACGACAGCUCUGGGCAUCAAAUUGCAAGAGACCCUAAUCUCACUUAAAAAUCUUGAUUUGGGGAAUCUACUUAGAUUCAGAAAGCCUUCCAAGUAAUUCUUAGAAAGAUUUUGCCAAGAAAAUCCUUUUCUUGGUUUUAAAGAAAUAUAUUCCUGGAAACAUGCACUUGGAAGGCUCAUACCCAAAUAAUUUGAAAGUUGCAUGGUUAUACCCCAAGAAAAUGAUAUAGAAAACAUGCAGGCUUGGUUGAUAGAAUGCUUCAAUUAUUCUAGGAUCUACUGCAAUGCUUACUAUUUGUGUCCAUGAACAGUAAAAUCCUACAUUACAUUUGACUAGGAAAAUCUCUAGGCCAGUCCCUGGUUUGUUAUCAAACUGGCCAGAAUAAUCUCGACUGAGAAAAUCUAUAUUUGCAAAUGAAUCUUAUAUUAAUUGCAAUGGAUAUGAGAAUGGCAUCACUAUCAAUUUUUUUUUGGUGGGGGAAGGUCAAAAAUUAUAUCUGAACUGACAUCAUGGAUAAGAAAAUAUAAAUAAAAUAAAAGCUGCUGUCCAGAAAAAAAAAUAGAAAGAAAAAUGGUUUUGUUUUAUUAUAUAUGUAAUAAAAUCAAAUUAGGGAACCAUGCUUAACAGUUUGUAGUUUUUUGUAUCAAAAGUAAAAAAAAAUAUUAUGGCUUUGACAAAAAGAAUAUUUAAAGCAAAACUUACUCUUAGAUAAAAGCAUGUUUAGGAUUAGGUUAGAUGUCCCAUUUCUUUGGGAGAGGUUUAAGAUGGCAGUUUUCUACUGUCUUGUUUGCUGCAAAAAUUCACUCAAUUUGACUAGUUUCUAAAUAAACAUACAGGUACUAUGACUAUGGAGUUAGUGGGAACCAUAAAUAUUUAACACUGCUUGAGAGCCAGUUUAGUGUAGUGGUUAAGGCAUCAGGCUAGAAACUGGGAGAAUAUGAGAUCUAGUUCCAUCUUAAUAGGUGAAUUGGGCCAGUCACUUUACCUCAGCCCUAGGAAAGAGGCAAUGGGCAAUCGCUUCUGAAAAACCUUGCCAAGAAAACUGCAGGGACUUCUUCAUGUAGUUUCUAAGAAUCAGACAUGCUUGUUGAAUGGAACAAACAAACAAACACUGUUUAAUUGAAGCUCUAAUUUAUCUUUUUCUGCUCUCCAAAAGGAAUGUUUACAAUUUAUUACUACAGAACUAGGUUUUAAAAUAACAUAUUUAAAAUCUACACAUAUAAUACAUAGCAAACACUUUACUUUUAGCAGCACUCUCUUUCUCUCUCUCUCACAUACACACUUUUUAAUUCUCCUAAAAAUUAACUAGUUUUUUUUUACACAGCAAUAGCAUUUAGACUUAUAUAUUGCUUCAUAGAGUUUUAUAGCCC